AUGCGGUCCUCAACCACAACAUAUCUAUCUCUGCUCCUCCUGCCAGUAUCCGCGCUGCAGAUACCGUCGAUACUUGCCCCAUUCUACGAACCGCGUAUCGAGGACUCAAUCCUCCUCUCCAACGAGUCACUCUCCACAUCACUCGAGGAGCACUCGAACGACCUCCGCAAACGAGAUGGAAACUGCCCAAUAAACUUCAACUCUUGUAGUACAUUCCGUGACUCGGCGGGAGGCGCCUGCUGUACAGCCGGCACAUUCUGUACCACCGAUAGAGCAAGGAACAUAGCAUGCUGUCCCACAGGCGCAGCAUGUACCGGUACUCUUGACGUCGCAACAGCCACGACGACUGGGCUGGGGGGAGGAGGAGCAGUGUUCGGUACGGGUACUACGACAACAGUGCCUACGACGGCCAUAGCGACGAUCACAGACGGCGCAGCCGUAUCCUACGUUGCGAACGCUUUCUUCCCUUGGCCAUACAUACCCACCACGUACGCCAACUCUGCGGCUUGUAACUCCGCAUACCAGGACUGUCAAACCAACUAUGCUGCCUGUACUUCUGCACUCGAUGGGUCUGGGGCGGGCAAUCUAGGGUUUGGAGUUACAAUUGUGGCGCCGAAUGGGGGCAUUACUGCAACGCCAACGAUUCAGAGCCUGGGUAUUGCGAGCGCGACGAGUAUUUGCUCGAGCCUCAGCUCUGAGGGAUGCUAUAAUAUUGUUAGUGAAAACUGUGCGCAGUUUGGGACUGGCACAGAGGUUAACUUCGUGCCGGGGACGACGGUAAACGUUGCAGCGAGGGCGACGGCGGGGUGUUAUGCUGUGGGUGUUAUGGCGGGUGUUGGGUUGGGGUUUGCUGGGCAAAUGAUUUAA